AAUCGACCUCUGCAGGCAAAUGCCUUCUUAAGGAGAUACGACAAUUUCUUUUUACUAAUGCGACUGUUUGUGUUUUUCAACAAAGUUUGUUACCGGUGUUCUUCAGUCCUAGUGUGGAUUUUUGGAUAGAAAGUCCACGGUGUUCUUCUUCAGUUUAUUUGCAAUUUGUCUUUCAUCUUCUCCAAUUCCGAUUUUGUGUAACCAGGUAUGCCGAAGACCAAGCGUUGGCAGAACUUGCAAAAGUCAAUUCAGGGGAAUGCACAGCCAGCCCCGUCAGUUCAAGCAGCAACAAAGCCGGCUUCAUCUGUUCCAUCACAGUUCGGUUCGUCAGUUCAGGCAACAACAAAGCUGGAUUACUACCAAAUCAGAGUAAACAUGUCCUGUUUUUCUUCCCUCUUAAUGCAUCAGACCCAGCCAUUCAUUCUGUACCAUAUUUAACAGUGAUGAAUGAUCAUAAGAUGGCUGAGACUGGACGAAGGCCUGGACGCUCACAACUUUAUCUUGAUACUUAUAAGAAACAAGAUGGAACAUAUGUGAAUGAGGUGGCAAAGGAGAUAUGUCCUAGAGAUGCAGCUAGUGGAUCCCUGUCACCCAUGGGCGCAAGAAGAACAUCUGAUGGCAGUAAUCCAAGUGACAACAAUUGAAGUUCUUUAUAAUUGAAUUAGAUAAUUAAUUAUGACAAUGUAAUUAUGUGAUUGGAGCGGAUGUUAGAAUGGCUAGGGUGAAUGUUUUAUGUUAAAAUUUAGUUUGGCGCUACUGUAUGCAGCUAGAAACAUUGCUAAAUCUGCUUUGAGCAUUUUUGUAGCCCCAUCAUUUAUAUAUGAAAGUAAUACUUUUGUGAUGCUAAA